CGCAGAGCGUAUUCCAUUUUAAUAUUUUUAGUUGCGUCCGAAAUAAAUGUUUAUUUUUCUAAAAAUGAAAAUUUUCGGUCAGCACUGAGAGUGAAAUACUUAAUAUAAAUAUUAGGAAUCAAAAUUAAAAGAAAUUUUUAAAAAAAAUUAAAAAACAAAAGAAACUAGUCAUCUAUUUGUAAUUAGUGACAUGAGUUAUGAACCAAAGUGCACAUAAAAUUUUGCGUGUUAUUAAUGAAGAUUUCUUUGUAACUAAUGACUAAUGAACUGCCUUUAAUCAAAUAUUCUGACGUUGUUUAGUGAUUUAGUAAUGUGGCCAAGCCGGCUACAUUAAUUACGAAACUAACCUCAAGUGUACUAUCGUCUGUUAGACAUGGUCAGUUAUACUCGAGAGUGCAUCAAAGGUGUUAGUUAAAGUGAUAUGUCAUGGAAUAUAAGUAAAAAUAAUACAAUUUUAUAAUAUAAAAGUAUUUCGUGUAUGCGGCCAGUCAAAUAAUUUAAAAUUGGAACUUUCAUGGUAUUACCAAAUAAAAAUUACUAGAAACAUGAUCAGAAAUAAAAAAUAGACAAGUACUGACCAGAAAAAAAUAUUGAAAUUGGAACUGUCACGAGUUUUGCCAAGUGUUGUGCUUUUUGAAACAUGGAGUUAUUAAAAGUGUUUUACGUUUGGUCACUGAUGUUGUUUUUACUGUUUCAAUGUUUGAUGGAAGGUUCAGGACAAGAGGCAGCCUUCGAAUUGCCAGUGCAAUUAGUGGGAUUCCCUUUCAUAAUAGUGGCCGUUCGACUCACUAACUUUGUGAAGAAGCUGUCUUAUGCUUUGAAUCCAGCAACUUAUCGCUCGCGUAACCGUCGCGAGCUUUCGUUCGCGAGCGAGCCCGUCGAGCCGUUCGACGUGCUGGAAGUGGAGAAGUACAUCGUCGGUGAAUUUGGCACUCGAGCAUGCGUGUUCGAGCGCGUGUGCGCGCAUUACGCUGCGCGGGCGCUGGCUCAGCCGCGGCCGCAGCUUGACUGGCCCGAUGUCUUCAGCCAGUACAAGCGGUCAGCGGAUAAGGCCAAAGAGUUCUUCCUGCUCAGCGUAUUCCUCGGAGAUAUAGUGGGUUCCCCCCAGCUCUGCCACCAGCUCGGCAAACGCAGGAGCUGCGACGAUUCACAACUGCUGGGCGAUGCGUGACGUGGGAGGAAACUCUCUCUCCACUUUCGGGGCUCUGACGCCGAGAACCAGACAUCAGCGUAAAAAAUAACAUACAAAUUUUGAUUUGGCUGUGAUUUUCCAAACAGCCUGUCUAACGUCAACCCUCUUUGGGAAUGCCAGUAUUGCCAGCCAGGGUUAUGUCCCUUAGCCUCGUAUGACAUCAAUACGACAUCCACAAGAGGAUAACGAAAUUAUCCUAUUUUAUUAAAGUCUAGCUUUUUGAUUCGAUUUUAAACAUAAAUUUGUAAUUCCAAUUAUCAAAUGUAAAUAAUAUCUAAUUAGCCAGGAAUAUGCUUAUUAUUUUAAUCUAAACUUUACUUUUAUUGAUCAUUAAAGUAGUAAAAUAUAUUUAUUAGAGGUUAUUAGGCAUAGGGAUGGAGAUAGAGUUAAGAAAAAAAAAACCACAUCAACCCAUGGUGAUCUAUUUUGUAUAAGUAUUUGUGAUGUAAUUGCUAAGCUGAAUUGCAGAAUAGUUUAUUCAUAAUAGCAUAUUUGACAUAAUUUUAGAGCGCGCAUCAUAAGUUACCUAUUUUGUGAUAAUAAAUUGUUUUAUUACGUUGACAAUAACUAUUUUAAUUGCAAUUGAUCAAUUAACGUAAGCAUUAUGUUCUAUAAGUUGCUUUGCUUUGUAAAUGCUGCGAUUAUAUAUCCUAUGCGACGUGCCCAUAGAUAAAAUAGUUUUUUCUAUGGACAUGCCCAUUAUCCAUCGCGUUCCGUCGUUUUGACGUCCAUCGACAGACAACGUAGAACAAUGCAAAAAUUAUUUGAAGUUUCGAUGUACGUCAACGCACGUCAAUGUCAAAACCUAUAGAAAACAACGGAGGUACAACGUACUGCGUCGUCGCAACGGAGCGCGACUGAGCAAUGGGGCAUGGCUUUAUGUGGAAUUAGAAUCGGUAUUUAGGUUAAAUAAAAAUCUGAAUUCAAUUUUGUACAGACUUGGGUGUUCUAUAUUAAUAAUAAUAACAUUGAUUUCUGUUUUAUACUUAUCAUUUAGAUUUAUUGAUAACAUAUUAUAUCAAAUAUAAAUAAUAAUAAUAAAAUAUAAAUAUUUUCAACCGUGAAUUCUUCCACUUAGAUGCCACACAUAACAAUGUAAAUCUAGAAGUACAGUUAGAAAUACAUACAUACAUACGCAACGGAGCACGACUGAGCGAUGGGGCAUGGCUCUAAGCUAUUUAAUCUAAACUACAGCGGCACGCAGGUUACAGCUAAUGUCAAAGUUGACCGGUGCAAUAUACAAAAUAAAAUUAAUAAUAGCUUAAACACGUAUUUUUGCGUUCAGAGAGACCUUUGAAAUAAUUUUCCAUGUUUACCGGUAUGAAAUGAUUUUAUCCAUUAGUAACACCUUACUUAUAAUAUAUGUAGAUAUAAAUCUCUAAGUAUUUAGUUUAAUAUCAGGCUAAUCGUUUCCUAACCCGAGGUGUAAACAAGGUCGAAAUAUAUCUUAAAUUGUAACUACAUUAUUUUCAAGGUUUACAUAAUUUUUUUCUAGAUUAAUGUCUUUUAUACAUGAAUGUAAUGCGUUUGAAAGGUAAUAUUCCGAUGUAAGGCAUGACUUCACAUUUUUAGAUGAUAUAAUGUUACCCUUUUACUGAAGGUUUCUAAAAGCCUCACGUAUUGUAUGUAAAUAAGUGAAAAGGUAUAUUGUAAGAAUAUAUAUUUUUUUAGCAAAUGUAGUGCUAGUCAGUAAAUAAAAUAUAAUGCAGAGUGUUUUUUUAUUGAUAACAUUUUGUGAUAUUCUAUAC